GCCUAUAGCUUAAAAAGCUAAAUAUAAAAAACAGAGAGAAUUAUAUAGAGAUGGGGGGGGAGGAAGUGAAAAAUAUGUUUUUCUCCUGUUGAAUUAGACCAUAUAGUCAAAAAGGGACCGCGUGUAUUAUUAUUUUUAACCAUGAAUUCCAAAUGUUGGCUGCAGGGGGCAGCAUCGAGCUGCUCACCUUUACGGAGAAGAAGAAGAAGCGUCAACCGGAAGCCUGAAGAUCAGCCUAAUAAUGGUUUCCUUAGGGUGGGGAUUUAUGCUCUCAGCCUGUAGAAAGGCUUCCAACAUGGUGGCCAGACCAGACAAGCGGGCUCUGAAGGCGGUGCUCAUUGACCUGAGUGGAACUCUUCAUAUAGAUGACACAGCUGUACCAGGAGCACAGGAAGCUCUUAAGAAGUUACGGAACGCAUCUGUAACUGUAAAGUUUGUGACCAACACAACCAAAGAGAGCAAGAGAAACUUGCUGGAACGCCUUCACCGUCUCAACUUUGAUGUCCAGGAGAAUGAAAUCUUCACAUCUCUGAGUGCAGCAAGGAGCUUGAUAGAGCAGAAAAAUCACAGACCUCUGCUGCUGGUGGAGGACAGCGCACUGGAAGAUUUUAAUGGCAUUGACACAUCAGAGCCAAAUGCUGUUGUCAUUGGACUCGCCCCAGAACAUUUUAACUACCAAACUCUAAAUAAGGCCUUCAGCUUUUCUUCCUUGUCAAUUCUCCUUAGAAUGAUUCUGGACGGAGCUCCCCUCAUCGCCAUUCAUAAGGCUCGCUACUACAAACGGAAGGACGGCUUGGCCCUUGGCCCUGGGCCCUUUGUGACAGGGCUGGAGUAUGCCACAGACCGGAAAGCCAGUGUAGUGGGAAAGCCUGAAAAGACGUUUUUUAUGCAGGCGUUGUCUGAUUUAGGAUGUAGCCCCAGUGAAGCUGUCAUGAUAGGAGAUGAUGCUAGAGAUGAUAUAGGUGGGGCUCAGAAUGCAGGAAUGUUAGGAAUUCUCGUCCGAUCUGGCAAAUAUAGAGAAGGAGAUGAAAACAAAAUCAGUCCACCCCCUCACCUGACGUGUGACAGCUUCCCAGACGCCGUUGAGCACAUCCUACAAAACCUGCUCUAACCCACAGCCAACUAAGGAACAACCUGUUUGAUUCCCUCAGAGGCUUUUUCAUUUUCACCAAGUGCUGCAUACUGGUCACCUCAAAAAAAAGCAGCUCAAUAUCAGUGAAGAAUAUAUGUAUAUAAUAUAUGUGAAGAAACAUUAAACCUGUUAAAGAAAAGAGGA